GUCUACUUCCGGGUCAGCUCAGACCUAGGGUGUAGAGAACAACCUUCCGUAACAGGCAGGAAUAGUCGAAAUAGGAUAGCGUCGUCUUUCUUAAAGUGACAGGCUCAAAGCAAUUGGGGCAGCCCUAUCCAGAAGUUGUGAGGGCGACUCAGCUAUUCUGAAUCCAAUCCUGGGCAAAGUUCUGGACAAGUCUCAGGUUUCUGCCAAUGGGGAAGGGAUAUGAAGAAGCGGAUUGUUUCCCAGGUGAGGAGAAGAGGAGAGCCUUAGACAAUCCACUCCAAGAGCUUGAGGUGCAGCCAGUUCCGUCUGUCCUCCAGUCUUCCCCACCCCAUCCUACUAGCUCUACGAGGCAGAGCUUUCUCGUUCUCAUAUCAUAUAUGAAAAGAAUGGCCGGGCGCGGUGGCUCACGCCUGUAAUCCCAACACUUUGGAAGGCCGAGGCGGGCGGAUCACGAGGUCAGGGGUUUGAGACCAGCAUGGCCAACAUGGUGAAACCCGUCUCCACUAAAAAUACAAAAAUUAGCCGGCCGUGGUGCCACGCGCCGGUAGUCCCAGCUACUCGGGAGGCUGAGGCAGGAGAAUCUCUUGAACCCGGGAGGCGGAGGUUGCAGUGAGCUUAGACUGCGCCAUUGCAUACCAGCCUAGGCGACAGAGCAAGACUCCGUCUCAAAAAAAGAAAAAAGAAAAAAAAGAAAGAAAGAAAAUAAUGAGGCUCAGAAUCGAUGGAUCGCACAGUCCCACAACUUCGCAGCCAAGACCAGACUCGGGUUCACCCCCUUCCCAAGUGUGGUUCUGUAACCCCGUUUUGCUGACGCCGAUGCGGAUACAGAGGGCAGAGAUGGCCCAUCCUUAGGGUGGACCAACCUCCACCCUAGGCAGCAGAGCACGCAGCUGGGGGCUUUUCUUUCUAGAUCUCAAAAGCCUGCUGUGAUGGGGGAUCUGGUUCUGCCCUUUCCCUCUCUGCCUCUCCUGGCCCGCCUACCCGGGAACUCCCCGCCUGGAGCCUCUGGGAGGGGAGCGGUGCAGGCUGCCCGCGUCAUCUGAUGCUGUUUCCUGCAGGAGGGAGAAGAGCGGAAAAAAGUGAAACUCCACCCUCCACCUCUGCCUCCCGCCCCCGGGGCCAAAGUACAAAGGGAGGAGGAAGAAGGGAGCGGGGUCGGAGCCGUCGGGGCCAAAGGAGACGGGGCCAGGAACAGGCAGUCUCGGCCCAACUGCGGACGCUCCCUCCACCCCCUGCGCAAAAAGACCCAACCGGAGUUGAGGCGCUGCCCCUGAAGGCCCCACCUUACACUUGGCGGGGGCCGGAGCCAGGCUCCCAGGACUGCUCCAGAACCGAGGGAAGCCCGGGUCCCUCCAAGCUAGCCAUGGUGAGGCGCCGGAGGCCCCGGGGCCCCACCCCCCCGGCCUGACCACACUGCCCUGGGUGCCCUCCUCCAGAAGCCCGAGAUGCGGGGGGCCGGGAGGCGACACUCCUGGCUCCCCAGAGAGGCGUGGGUCUGGGGCUGAGGGCCAGGGCCCGGAUGCCCAGGUUCCGGGACUAGGGCCUCAGCAGCCAGGGGGGUGGGGACCACGGGCACCCAGAGAAGGUCCUCCACACAUCCCAACGCCGGCUCCCGGCCAUGGAGCCCUUGAAGAGCCUCUUCCUCAAGAGCCCUCUAGGGUCAUGGAAUGGCAGUGGCAGCGGGGGUGGUGGGGGCAGUGGAGGAGGCCGGCCUGAGGGGUCUCCAAAGGCAGCGGGUUAUGCCAACCCGGUGUGGACAGCCCUGUUCGACUACGAGCCCAGUGGGCAGGAUGAGCUGGCCCUGAGGAAGGGUGACCGUGUGGAGGUGCUGUCCCGGGACGCAGCCAUCUCAGGAGACGAGGGCUGGUGGGCGGGCCAGGUGGGUGGCCAGGUGGGCAUCUUCCCGUCCAACUAUGUGUCUCGGGGUGGCGGCCCGCCCCCCUGCGAGGUGGCCAGCUUCCAGGAGCUGCGGCUGGAGGAGGUGAUCGGCAUUGGAGGCUUCGGCAAGGUGUACAGGGGCAGCUGGCGAGGCGAGCUGGUGGCUGUGAAGGCAGCUCGCCAGGACCCCGAUGAGGACAUCAGUGUGACAGCCGAGAGCGUUCGCCAGGAGGCCCGGCUCUUCGCCAUGCUGGCACACCCCAACAUCAUUGCCCUCAAGGCUGUAUGCCUGGAGGAGCCCAACCUGUGCCUGGUGAUGGAGUAUGCAGCCGGUGGGCCCCUCAGCCGAGCUCUGGCCGGGCGGCGCGUGCCUCCCCAUGUGCUGGUCAACUGGGCCGUGCAGAUUGCCCGUGGGAUGCACUACCUGCACUGCGAGGCCCUGGUGCCCGUCAUCCACCGUGAUCUCAAGUCCAACAACAUUUUGCUGCUGCAGCCCAUUGAGGGUGACGACAUGGAGCACAAGACCCUGAAGAUCACCGACUUUGGCCUGGCCCGAGAGUGGCACAAAACCACACAAAUGAGUGCCGCGGGCACCUACGCCUGGAUGGCUCCUGAGGUUAUCAAGGCCUCCACCUUCUCUAAGGGCAGUGACGUCUGGAGUUUUGGGGUGCUGCUGUGGGAACUGCUGACCGGGGAGGUGCCAUACCGUGGCAUUGACUGCCUUGCUGUGGCCUAUGGCGUAGCUGUUAACAAGCUCACACUGCCCAUCCCAUCCACCUGCCCCGAGCCCUUCGCACAGCUUAUGGCCGACUGCUGGGCGCAGGACCCCCACCGCAGGCCCGACUUCGCCUCCAUCCUGCAGCAGUUGGAGGCGCUGGAGGCACAGGUCCUACGGGAAAUGCCGCGGGACUCCUUCCAUUCCAUGCAGGAAGGCUGGAAGCGCGAGAUCCAGGGUCUCUUCGACGAGCUGCGAGCCAAGGAAAAGGAACUACUGAGCCGCGAGGAGGAGCUGACGCGAGCGGCGCGCGAGCAGCGGUCACAGGCGGAGCAGCUGCGGCGGCGCGAGCACCUGCUGGCCCAGUGGGAGCUAGAGGUGUUCGAGCGCGAGCUGACGCUGCUGCUGCAGCAGGUGGACCGCGAGCGACCGCACGUGCGCCGCCGCCGCGGCACAUUCAAACGCAGCAAGCUCCGGGCGCGCGACGGCGGCGAGCGUAUCAGCAUGCCACUCGACUUCAAGCACCGCAUCACCGUGCAGGCCUCACCCGGCCUUGACCGGAGGAGAAACGUCUUCGAGGUCGGGCCUGGGGAUUCGCCCACCUUCCCCCGGUUCCGAGCCAUCCAGUUGGAGCCUGCAGAGCCAGGCCAGGCAUGGGGCCGCCAGUCCCCCCGACGUCUGGAGGACUCAAGCAAUGGAGAGCGGCGAGCAUGCUGGGCUUGGGGUCCCAGUUCCCCCAAGCCUGGGGAAGCCCAGAAUGGGAGGAGAAGGUCCCGCAUGGACGAAGCCACAUGGUACCUGGAUUCAGAUGACUCAUCCCCCUUAGGAUCUCCUUCCACACCCCCAGCACUCAAUGGUAACCCCCCGCGGCCUAGCCUGGAGCCCGAGGAGCCCAAGAGGCCUGUCCCCGCAGAGCGCGGUAGCAGCUCUGGGACGCCCAAGCUGAUCCAGCGGGCGCUGCUGCGCGGCACCGCCCUGCUCGCCUCGCUGGGCCUUGGCCGCGACCUGCAGCCACCGGGAGGCCCAGGACGCGAGCGCGGGGAGUCCCCGACAACACCCCCCACGCCAACGCCCGCGCCCUGCCCGACCGAGCCGCCCCCUUCGCCGCUCAUCCGCUUCUCGCUCAAGACGCCCGACUCCCCGCCCACUCCUGCACCCCUGUUGCUGGACCUGGGUAUCCCUGCGGGCCAGCGGUCAGCCAAGAGCCCCCGACGUGAGGAGGAGCCCCGUGGAGGCACUGUCUCACCCCCACCGGGGACAUCACGCUCUGCUCCUGGCACCCCAGGCACCCCACGUUCACCACCCCUAGGCCUCAUCAGCCGACCUCGGCCCUCGCCCCUUCGCAGCCGCAUUGAUCCCUGGAGCUUUGUGUCAGCUGGGCCACGGCCUUCUCCCCUGCCAUCACCACAGCCUGCACCCCGCCGGGCACCCUGGACCUUGUUCCCAGACUCAGACCCCUUCUGGGACUCCCCACCUGCCAACCCCUUCCGGGGGGGCCCCCAGGACUGCAGGGCACAGACCAAAGACAUGGGUGCCCAGGCCCCGUGGGUGCCGGAGGCGGGGCCUUGAGUGGGCCAGGCCACUCCCCCGAGCUCCAGCUGCCUUAGGAGGAGUCACACCAUACACUGGAACAGGAGCUGAGUCAGCCUCUGCAGCUGCCUCAGUUUCCCCAGGGACCCCACCCCCCUUUGGGGGUCAGGAACACUACACUGCACAGGAAGCCUUCACACUGGAAGGGGGGCCUGCGCCCCCACACCUGAAACCUGUAGGUCCCCCCAGCUUACCUGCCCUACUGGGGCCCGACACUGUACCCAGCUGGUUGGGAGGACCAGAGCCUGUCUCAGGGAAUUGCCUGCUGGGGUGAUGCAGGGAGGAGGGGAGGUGCAGGGAAGAGGGGCCGGCCUCAGCUGUCACCAGCACUUUUGACCAAGUCCUGCUACUGUGGCCCCUGCCCUAGGGCUUACAGCAUGGACCUCCUGCCCUGGGAGUCAUCUGGGGCCAGGGCUCUCUGGGUGCCUUCCUGCUGCCCCAGCCAGGGUUGGAGUCUUAGCCUCGGGAUCCAAUGAAGCCAGAAGCCAAAUAAACUCAAAAGCUGUCUCCCCA